AUAUGUUUUUUUAAUAGGGUUUUACUACAGUCUGCACUCUGCAGUCUGCAACUCUGCACACAAGGUCAAGUUUUCUCCCUCGUGUGUGUAUUCGAGAAGCGAAGAGAAUAUAUAAAAUAGGAGGAACGUGUGCAACAAGAAUCAUUCUGAAACAACCCACCUAAACAGCAUAAUCUUCGAAUACGUUUAUAAUAUACAUCAAAAUGCACGGAACCACUGUUACUAAGAUGCUUGCCCUGUGCUUGGCGGUCGCUGGAGUUUCGACCGUGAUGGCCGAGGAUAUUGAUUCGAGCUAUGUGAGCUGGUGCGUAUAUUCGGAUAGCAGUUGCAGCCCUACCUCGGAAAUUGAGUGCACUUUAGUGCCUCUGGAUGGCAGUUGCGAUACACACCACUUCGAUGCGCACUCGUUUGGCCUGCACUACACGAACACAACUGACAUCAAUAUCCAGUUCUAUUUUGAUGAUAGUUGUGCCGGUGGCUCUACCAACUUCACGAUUGAGACGGACUCUUGUGUGACCUACUUUGACCACGCCGACCCCCCAAAUUAUGUUUACUUGUCGCACAUCAACGAGGCGGUCGCAGAGAGCAUAAAACAAGCCGACGAUAGUGAGUCUACCGCAGAUUCAGCGAUGGCUGUAGCUAUCAGUGCCCUUGUCAUUUCGAUCGCUUUCGUCGUAGUGGGAUCAGUAGUUCUGGUGUACGUUGUGCGCACUAGCAGACGGAAUAACCAAGCUACUGUUGGAGAUAUCAAGAGAUCCAUUACGUCUCCGUCGGACACACAGGUGACUAACAUGCGCAACUUGGAAUGAAGUAACGAUGUGCAUCACUAAACUGAAAAUGAAUAUAUAGGCCGGGCUUGGGCAGGAGCUUGUAGCGUUUCUUGCGAUGUAUUACAGGACUACAUGUUUUUCUAUUCUUGAGAUGAUAAGUCAAUCAAUCAAAUGAAUACGUCAUGUUUGUGUCAAUGUUACGGACCAAGAAUGUGCACUCCGUAUGGUGAAACCGCAAAUAUGCCAGGCUAGAAUGUCUGCAAAUUAGUAAUCAAUUAUUAGAAUGCCACUAUGCCAGGCUAGGACGCCUGCAAAAAGAAAUGGUUAGAUAUCCUGGUGCUGGUAACUUUAUUUAAAAGAAGGUACAAGAAGAUUACGACAAGGAUCCUCUGAUAUGGAUGUCUAAUGCUACUGAUGCGUCAUCAGCGAGGAAUCAUAGCAGCGGGCCUUUGGAGUUUUAAAUUUUUUAGUGCAACCAUCAACCAAAUAAAUUUAGUAUUAGG